UUUUUUUUUUUAUUAAAAAAAAAGUAUUAACAAAAAAAAGAGAGUAAAUAAAUAAAAAAAGUUAAAAGUUUAUAUAAUUUAUAAUUUUAUAUAAUGGCAGAAAGACAGGAUACAAAUCCAUUUUCAUCGGAAGAUUCUAAUUCUAAUAUUCAUCUUCCACCUAGUGCAUAUCAACCAAAUCCGUUCCCUAUUAAUCCAACAGAAGGGAAUCCUUGGGCUUCUUCAGCCGCUUAUCAACAACAACCAUAUCAAGGUCAUGCUAAUAAUAAUUCAUCUUCAGCUUAUGGUUAUAAUAAUUCAUCGGAUAAUGGGACACAACCUACUUAUAUACCUAUGCCAAGUCCAAGUACUUACAAGUCUAGUAAUAGUUCAUAUGAUUAUACAAAUGUGUAUAAUGCUCAAACUCAUAAUCCUAAUGCGUAUAGUACGAAUAUUGGUUCGGAAGUUAAUGCUUACGAAGAUUCUAGUAAUGCUUCACAAUUAGAUAAUGGUAAUAAAGAAGAAUAUGAUAAUAAUACUACUGAAUUAGAGAAUUCUGCUGCAAUUGCUAAUCCUGGAAUUGAAACUCAUGAUCCUGAUAAAAUGAAGAUUUCUUCUCAAAAACUUGAAACUCCUUUUAGUGCUCCUAAUAAAUGGAGAUUAUUAUCUAGGUUUAUUCAAUUUCUUGCUAGUGCUGGCGCUUUUGCAUUUAUUGUUGCUUCGACUCCUGUUACUAAAGUACAAAUUCCAGUGAAUUUCAACAAGAUAGCAAUCAUCUUCCUUUAUAUUGUCUCUGUUGUUUCGGUCAUUUACUCAUUUGGUCAUUUAAUAUUUUAUUGUGUCCGACGUUGGGGACAUAAAAAUAAAGCACCAAGAUGGUUAUUAAUGCUUGUUGAUGCUAUAAUUGGUGCAAGUUUUGGUACUUUAAUGGUAUUUUUAAUUAAGGAUGGUAAUUGUAAACCUGGGGGUUUAAAUGGAUGGUGUGAUUUCUAUAAUACCGCCAUAUUUUUCACAGUUUUAUCUUUCGUCACGUAUGCCAUUUCAUUUGUAUGGGAUAUCGUUGGUGGAUUUAAAAGAAAAUCUUAAAAAAAGAUCACGGGUUUGGUACAUUAACAAUUUACGAAGGACGAAUAUAGAAAUCUUAUUAAUAAUUGUUAACCCAUAUUUUUGAGAUAUAUAUUUCUCUUUUUGAUAUUUUUUUUUUUUAUUUUUUUAUAUAUUGUUUUUCUUAAUUGUUUUAAACAUUUUAAAAUUACAAUGUAUUAUAAAUGUAUAUUUUUUAACAAAAAAAACCAUGCAUAUAUAUC